AUGAAAAUUUCCGAUAAGCGUAAGUUUGAAAAAGUAAACUUUGAGGAGUUUGAGUCGGCUCUCAAUAACAAAAACGACUUGGUACAUUGUCACUCAAUAACUUUAUUUGAAUCGAUCCGCACGGAAGUGCGAUCAUUCUACGAAGACGAAAAGUCUAGUCUAAUCAAGGUGGUAAAAUACAGAACUGAUGCAAUGGAUAGGAAAAGAUCUUUUGAAAAAAUUGUCAUUGCCGUCAUGGUCAAGAAAAAUGUACAAAAGUUUCUGACGUUUGUUGAAGACGAACCAGAUUUCCAGAGCGGACCAAUCCCUUCAAAGUAUCUCAUUCCCAAGAAAAUCAACUUGAUGGUCUACACGUUGUUUCAAGUACAUACUUUGAAAUUUAAUAGGAAAGAUUACGAUACCCUUUCUCUUUUUUACCUCAACAGAGGAUACUAUAGUGAGUUGAGUUUUCGUGUCCUGGAACGUUGUUACGAAACUGCGAGUUCCAGGCCGAACGACAGCUCUACGAUGCGUACUUUCACCAACUUUGUUUCUGGCGCGCCUAUUGUAAGGAGUCUUCAGAAAAGCACCAUAAGGAAAUAUGGAUACAAUUUGGCACCCUACAUGUUUUUGUUACUACACGUAGAUGAGCUUUCGAUUUUUUCCGCAUAUCAAGCAAGUUUACCUGGCGGUAAGAAAGUCGACACAGGGCGGCUGAAGCGUGAUCUAUGCCCACGUAAACCCACUGAGAUAAAGUACUUUUCACAGAUAUGUAACGAUAUGAUGAACAAGAAAGACGGAUUGGGUGAUAUUUUGCAUAUUAUCUUGCGAGCGUGUGCGCUUAAUUUUGGGGCGGGUCCCCGUGGUGGCGCUGGUGACGAAGAGGAAGAGGAUCGAUCUAUUGCGAAUGAACAAUCCAUUAUUCCCUCUGUGGACGAGCAUGGCUUAAAAGUAUGUAAGUUGCGCAGUCCGAACACUCCACGAAGACUCAGAAAAACAUUAGAUGCCGUGAAAGCUUUAUUGGUGUCCUCUUGUGCUUGCACCGCAAAGGAUUUAGAUAUAUUUGAUGACAACAACGGCGUUGCGAUGUGGAAAUGGAUCAAAAUUCUGUACCACGAAGUAGCACAGGAAACCGCGCAGAAGGACUCUUAUAGAAUAACUUUGGUACCUUCUUCUGAUGGUAUAUCAGUAUGUGGAAAACUGUUUAAUCGCGAGUAUGUCCGCGGCUUUUACUUUGCAUGCAAGGCUCAGUUUGACAGCCUUUGGGACGAAUUGAACAAGUGCUUUUAUAUGCCUACAGUGGUUGAUAUUGCCAGUCUCAUUUUGCGUAAUCGAGACGUUUUGUUCAGAGAGCCAAAGCGGGGAAUUGACGAGUAUCUGGAAAACGAUUCUUUUCUUCAAAUGAUACCUGUUAAAUAUCGUGAAAUUGUGCUGCCAAAGUUGAGAAGAGAUGCUAACAAAAUGACCGCGGCUCUGAAAAAUAAAGUGGCUGUUGCAAUUGACGAGCUCACGGUGCCACUUAUGUGGAUGAUCCAUUUUGCCGUGGGAUACCCUUACCGUUAUCCAGAGCUUCAGCUACUCGCUUUUGCCGGUCCUCAGCGCAACGUAUACGUCGACGAUACAACAAGACGCAUCCAACUGUACACUGAUUAUAACAAGAACGGUUCAUCGGAGCCUCGACUAAAGACACUUGACGGACUCACUUCAGAUUACUUGUUUUAUUUUGUCACUGUGCUAAGGCAAAUGCAAAUAUGUGCGCUUGGUAACAGUUAUGACGCCUUUAAACAUGAUCCUUGGAUGGAUGUCGUGGGAUUUGAGGAUCCAGAUCAAGUAACAAAUCGAGAUACUUCGAGGAUAGUUUUGUAUUCCUACUUGUUUCUGAAUACCGCGAAGGGCUGUCUCGUUGAAUAUGCAACUUUUCGGCAGUACAUGAUGGAACUUCCGAAGAAUGCACCUCAGAAGCUGAAUUUUCGGGAGAUGCGUCAGGGGUUGAUUGCCCUAGGGCGCCACUGCGUAGGUAGCAGAUUUGAAACGGAUUUGUACGAGUCGGCGACGAAUGAACUCAUGGCCAAUCAUUCCGUUCAAACAGGGCGAAAGAUCUACGGUGUGGAUUCCUUUUCGUUAACCAGUGUCAGUGGAACGACCGCCACUUUAUUGCAGGAACGAGCUUCUGAGCGCUGGAUUCAAUGGUUAGGCCUUGAAAGCGACUACCAUUGUUCCUCCAGUACUGCGAAUGCGGGAGACGUAGCAGGUGAGGCGAGUUCAGAUCAUCGAAAAAUUUUGAGAGUAACGCGAAAAAGGCCCCGAGAGCCCAAGAGCACAAACGAUAUCCUCGUCGCAGGCCAGAAACUCUUUGGCAGCUCCUUUGAAUUCAGGGACUUGCAUCAGUCGCGCUUAUGUUAUGAAAUAUACAUGGCGGACACACCCUCUGUGGCAGUACAGGCCUCCCCGGGCUAUGGUAAGACGGAGUUAUUUCAUCUCCCCUUAAUAGCACUGGCGUCUAAGGGCGACGUGAAAUAUGUGUCGUUUCUGUUUGUACCAUACACAGUGUUGCUUGCUAAUUGCAUGAUCAGGUUGAGCCGAGGCGGUUGCUUGAAUGUGGCCCCUGUCAGAAACUUUAUUGAAGAAGGUUACUAUGGCGUUACUGAUUUAUACGUGGGGAUCUACGAUGACCUUGCUAGCGCUAAGUUCACAGACAGGAUAGCUGCGUGGGAUAAUAUUGUUGAGUGCACCUUUAGGACCAACAAUGUAAAGUUGGGUUACCUCAUUGUAGAUGAGUUUCACAACUUCGAAACGGAGGUCUACCGGCAGUCGCAAUUUGAGGGCAUAGCUAACCUCGAUUUUGACGCUUUCGAGAAAGCAAUCUUUUUGAGCGGCACAGCACCUGAGGCUGUAGCCGAUACUGCGUUGCAGCGUAUUGGGCUUACGGGACUGAACAAAAAAUCGAUGGACAUCAACGAGCUCAAACGGUCGGAAGAUCUCAGCAGAGGUUUAUCCAGCUAUCCAACACAGAUGUUCAAUCUGAUUAAGGAGAAAUCUGAGGUGCCUUUAGGGCAUGUGCAUAAAAUCCGGAAGAAAGUCGAAUCACCUCCCAAAGAAGCACUGAAGCUUCUUUUAGCCCUGUUCGAAGUUGAACCAGAGUCGAAGGCCAUUGUAGUUGCAAGCACAACCAACCAAGUGGAAGAAUUGGCCUGCUCUUGGAGGGAGUAUUUCCGGGUGGUGUGGAUACACGGGAAGCUGGGUGCUGCAGAAAAGGUGUCUCGCACGGAGGAGUUUGUCACUGACGGUAGCAUGCGAGUUCUCAUCGGAACGAAAUUAGUCACUGAAGGAAUUGACAUUAAGGAAUUGAUGAUGGUGAUCACGCUUGAUAAUAGACUUAAUAUUAUUGAGCUCAUUCAAGGCAUGGGAAGACUAAGAGAUGGAGGCCUCUGUUAUAUAUUAUCUAGAAAAAACAGUUGGGCGGCAAGGAAUCGGAGGGGUGAAUUAUCACCAAUUAAGGAAGGCUGUAUAACCGAACAGGUGCGCGAGUUCUAUGGACUUGAAUCAAAGAAAGGGAAAAAGGGCCAGCAUGUUGGAUGCUGUGGCUCCAGGACAGACCUGUCGGCAGACACAGUGGAACUGAUAGAAAGAAUGGACAGAUUGGCUGAAAAUGAGGCCACAGUCUCCGCGUUACCGUCUAGUUCCCAGGAGAGAAAUAGCAGUGACAGGUACAGAGAGUAUUGCAGCAGCGAUGAGGACAGCAACGCGGGCAUUCAUGAUGGUACCACUGCUGAUACUGCUGAUAGUGCCAAUGCUAGUGCCAACGCUAGUGCCAACGCUAGUGCCAAUGCUAGUGCCAAUGCUAGUGCCAACGCUAGUGCCAACGCUAGUGCCAAUGCUAGUGCCAACGCUAGUGCCAAUGCUAGUGCCAACGCUAGUGCCAAUGCUAGCGCCAAUGCUAGUGCCAACGCUAGUGCCAACGCUAGUGCCAAUGCUAGUGCCAACGCUAGUGCCAAUGCUAGUGCCAACGAGGACGCCAAUACAGGCGGCAAUGCUGAGAGUAAUAGAAUCCAUCCAGUCACUGACAUUAUUAAAGAGCCAUAUAAGCGGAAAGGGAGUCAAAUGGUUUUUCUAGAGAGAAAGAAACUGAAAGCACAGUUUCCCAAUACUUCUGAGAAUACGAAUGUAUUAGAGUUUCUUGGAUUUCGGUCUGACGAAAUUAAACAUCUUUUCCUCUAUGGUAUCGAUAUAUACUUCUGCCCAGAGGGAGUGUUCACACAAUACGGAUUAUGCAAGGGCUGUCAAAAGAUGUUCGAGCUCUGCGUCUGCUGGCCUCGCCAGAAAGUAUCGUAUCGGAGUAUAGCUUGGGAAGCACUAGCUGUGGAGAGAAUGCUGCGAAAUGACGAGGAAUACAAGGAAUACUUGGAAAAUAUCGAGCCAUAUCAUGGGGACCCUGUAGGAUAUUUGAAAUUUUUUAGCGUAAAGAAGAGAGAGAUCUACUCUCAGAUACAAAGAAAUUAUGCUUGGUACCUGGCUAUUACUAGAAGAAGGGAAACAAUUAGUGUAUUGGAUUCGACAAGAGGCAAGCAAGGGAGCCGAGUUUUCCGCAUGUCUGGAAGGCAAAUCGAAGAGUUGUAUUUUGAAGCAUGGAGCAACUUGCGCGAAUCGAAGACGGGGGUGCUGCAGUACUUUUUGAACUGGGACGAGAAAAAGUGCCAGGAAGAAUGGGAGGCAAAAGACGCUACGGUCGUUGUGGAGGCGCUCGAGAAACUUGGAGUUUUUCAGCGUUUGCGUUCCAUGACAAGCGCUGGACUGCAGGGUCCGCAGUACGUCAAGCUGCAGUUUGGCAGGCAUCAUCAACGGCUGAGGAGCAGGUAUGAAUUAAGUUUAGGAAUGCACUUGCGAGAUCAGACUGCGCUGGGAGGUACCCCAUCUAAACUGCCGCAUUGGACGCCUUUCCUCUCGAUGCUAAUAGGCCUGUUCUACAAUAAAAUAUUCCGGCAGAGACUGGAGUAUCUUUUGGAGCAGAUUUCGGAGGUGUGGUUAUUACCACAUUGGCUUGAUUUGGCAAACGUUGAAGUUCUCGCUGCAGAUAACACGAGAGUACCACUGUACAUGCUGAUGGUAGCGGUUCACAAAGAGCUAGGUAGCGAUGAUGUUCCAGACGGUAAGAUUGAUAUAUUAUUAUGUAGAGAUUCCAGCAGAGAAGUUGGAGAGUGA